UGACGACAUCAACAACUACAUCCGGGUAACUGUGGUGACCUUGGUUGGACGAUCAUCAUGGCGGCUAUCGUCAGGUUGAGUUCUGUGUGCCGCAGAGGAGUUAAACCUCUGUGGUACCAAAGCACUUUGUUGUCCAGACCGCUGGUUGUACCUCACAAAAACCAGGAGCAGCCCUACCUGCUGACAGCAAGGAUUCAUGCAUCACAGGCUCUGUACGCGGGAUCUGGCUCCAAAGCCGCCUCUCUGCACUGGACGGCCGAGCGAGUGCUGAGCAUCCUGCUGCUGGCCAUGGGACCCGUAGCCUACUUUAACCCCAGUCCUGUCAUGGACUAUUCCUUGGCUGCUGCCCUGACACUGCAUGGCCACUGGGGUAUCGGGCAGGUGUUAACAGACUACGUUCACGGCGACGCAAAGGUCAAGAUGGCCAACGCCGGUCUCUUCCUCCUGUCCACGGUCACCUUCGCCGGCCUUUGCUACUUCAACUACAAUGACGUCGGCAUCUGCAAAGCCAUCGCCCUGCUCUGGAGCAAAUGAGUAUGACUGUGGACUGGGGAAGCUUUGGGACGACCUGGACACUGGGACGGGAACAAUCUGGUCCUGGCUGAUUGUAAAAAAUUCAAGGUGUUCUAUGUAUAUUCUUAUAAAUAUAUCAUGUUGACAAUUUUGACAGUGAUUCACAUGUGUGUAAUUGCAAAUUUAAUGUCUAUCAGUUCAGGCUUGGUCUUUGUAUUAAGUUCUUGCUCAUGAUGAUUGGGGACCUGGCAACCAUUGUCUUUAACUACAUGUGGGAGAUUAGCUUCUGUUUACGUUCAGUGUGGACUAAAUUUAAGCAGCAUUCCCCUGUGUACUUUGAAACUUAAGCAACAAGAGUUAUUAAAUAUGUCACUACCAAUUCUACAAAUAACAGAUAUCCAGUAUCCUGAUUUGUAACUGUUAAAUUUACCGGGGACAUGCAUGUUUUCAGCAAAAUGGCUUCUGAUUUUCUUUGAGGUCUUACAGGAUAGUAAGGUUAUUUUUUCAUGUUCAGGUCCUGUUUGUGGCUGAUUUCUUAAAUGUGUUUUGUUUCAAUCACAAUGUAAACAUAUACAGUACUACCUUUUUGCUCUUUAACCCAUCAGGAUUAACAGGGCAGCACUACAUAUAUGAACAGUUCACACCCUCCACACUCACACCCCCCCACCCACCCACCCACCCUGUUCACAAAGGUCCGCCUCAUGUGUCUUUUGUUGCUACGACCUCGUCACGACACUCGGCUCGAGUGUCCUCCUGCAACUUGACCUCACACCUCAGUCAGGUGUGCAGUGUUGUGGUUGUGGUUUGUGCAGAGAGGAGCCGGGCUGGGAGAAGAGCAGACUGAAUUUUUUUUUUUUUGUGCUCGUUUUAGCUCGUUUUUUAAUCCUGGAUAUCUGUUCUGCUGCUCUAUUGAUGGUUCAUUGAAGGUAAGGGAGGCUAGAUCUGAAGUGCAUCAUAAAGUCAAGCCAUCCGGCGACACUCAGCCGACCUGUGCAUCUCCAGCAGAGCGGCGUUCAAACGCUUGUCAGCUAACGUUGUAUAAAUCUACAGCAGGGUCUGAAAUUAACAGCUGCACAAUGCCGUCCUCUGCCAGGAAAACAUCACUCAAGUCAGUGACAGUGAUAUGAAUGCCUCUGUAACACUGAGUUGUGUUGUACUUCUUGUAUGAAUUACAAACUCCUUCCACUGUGUAAGUUGGCAAACUUCAAAUGAAAAACAAUGACACAUUCUGAAAAUAUUAAACGUACAUUUAUUUUGA